AUGUCAAUAUCUAUAGCAAGCACGACGACUGCACCAACAGCAUCUACAAAUACAUCAGUAGAUACAAUAAAAAAUAAUGAACCACUUGCUGUUCGAGUUAUGCGGUUAUCUAAACCUGCAUUAUAUCAAAAUAUACCAGUUUAUGGUGAAGACGAAUCUUCAUCAUCCGUAGCUGCAUUUCUUACUGGUCAAUCACAUGAUAUAGCAAUUGGAAGUGAUAAUUCGGUAUUCAGUCAUUUACUUGUACUUCCAUAUAGUUUUGGUAAUGUAUUUUUGGGUGAAAUAUUCUCCGCGAUUGUUGCUUUACAUAACCAGAGUGAUCAGAUACUUCGAGAUGUAAUUCUUAAAACAGAUAUUCAAACAGCUUCACAAAGAAUUACACUUAGUUCAGGUGAUCAAAAUGAUUUGAAUAAAAUUGAAUUAGCACCAGAUCAAAGUAUUUCACGAGUUUUACAACAUGAAGUUAAAGAACUUGGAAAUCAUUCUCUAGUAUGUACUGUAACAUGUAUCGAUCAAAAUGGUGAAAAAUGUAAUUUAAAAAAAGUUUUUAAAUUACCUGUUGGCAAACCAAUUGAUUUAAAAACACGUUUUAUAUCUGGUGCAACACAUGAUGAAUAUUAUAUUGUUGCUGAUAUUCAAAAUCAAACUCCAUCAAUAUUAAAUAUGACAACUGUUGCAUUGGAACCAUCAACUGCAUAUACCGCGAUAAAUCUAAGUAAUCUUCAUCAUGAAAAUUCCGAAAAUUCACUUUGUGAAUCAUGGCGUUUUAUUCGACCAAAUGAAAUUACAACAUAUAUGUUUUAUUUAAAAGCUCGAAAAGAUGCUAGUUUUGACGAAAUUCAUUCCACAACAACAUUAGGUAAACUUGAUAUUGUUUGGAUGUCUGGUUUUGGUGAACGUGGUCGUUUACAAACAAAUCAAUUACCAAAA